AUGUCGACGAUACCAUCUUCCAUUCCACUUGUCUCGCCCUUAGCUACACGUGUUCUAGAACUCCAUGGUUUCUCCCCUGCCAUCCGCACUCGCGACUUGCACAUGGUUCUAGAGCCCUGGAGCUAUGGAGACCCGCCUGCCUAUCGCAUCAAGUGGCAAGACGAUGCCACGGCUUAUAUUCUUUUCCAAGAUGCGAGCGUGGCUAAACAAGUGUACUUAUCGCUACUAUGUGCACCGCCCGACGUGCUUCGGGUAGACUUUAAUGGCACUGAACUGUAUGAUACAUCACGGAAAACAUGUGGGCGCAUGUUUGGCGUAAAGUAUGCCCAGAUUCGUCCAUUUCAUGGACCUGAAGCGCAGGCUCUGCUAUCGAAUGCAAAUAUGCUCGCAAGCGACUCGACACCACUGCUGUCGCCUUUGCCAUGGGCAUCUCCUCCCAUGGGAAGGGGUACGAGCAUGGGCAUAGGUGUUGGUGCUGGCGCAAAUCCCACAUUGGGCAAUGCUGGAGCACAUGCAUUACAAGGGGCAGGUCCCUCAAGAGCGCAUCGGCGCAUCGCCAGCAGCACGGCGCUCCCUAGUUCGUCUGGAGAUGCGCCUGCUUUACGUGUCCCAAGAGACAAUUACCGCGGCGCAGGUCGCCGCGCAGUUUCGGCGUCGAUAUCGGGCGAUCUUGGAAAUGGAGGUGGAAUGACUAGUGGCGUCUUUCAUCACCGAAGCAUGUCGCGCCAAGCGCGUUCAUAA